AUGGCCGUCAUUAGUACCUUAUUUUGCCUCCUCCUACUGAUCUCCAUCGCGCUAGCCCUUGUCACGCAGGACACUGUCUUCGACAUCGAGUUGGUCCACCGUGACUCCCCCAAGUCACCACUGUACAAUAGCACGAUGACACCUUUCGAUCGCCUACAGGCCGCCGUCGUCCGAUCGGUCAACCGGGCUAGUUACUUGGACAAGCGCAUCGACAUGAAGACCUCCAUCGACAUAGAGCUCGGCUUGAGUUAUGAUGAUGGAGAAUUCUUCAUGGGUUUCAAGAUAGGCACGCCAAACACACAAUCUAUGUUGGGCAUCGUCACCACUGGUAGCGGACUAAUCUGGGCCAAUAGCGUUGGCUGCGAAUGCUUCAAGAAGAAUACCACCACCCUAUUCAAUCCUAAUGCAUCCCUCUCCUACACGAAGUUAUCUUGCUUAUCCGAUGAGUGCAAGAGUUUUACUCUGGCUCAUUGCAAUUUUAAUAUAAUGUGCCAGUACCGUGCCGUCUACGGUGACAACUCCAAUAUUGACGGAAUUUUAUCCUUGGAAACCUUCAGUUUCACCUCAAUAGGUACGAACCAAAAUAUCGUCAUUCCAAAUAUAGUAUUCGGCUGCAACUUUCGGUCCCAGAUCACCCUAAUUGACGACCCCGGCAGCUACAUUGGGUUGGGCCCCAGGUCGCCGUCUCUGAUCCAACAACUCGCCCCAAAGUAUAUUAGGAAGUACUUCUCCCAUUGUCUGGACAUGCUCCACGACGGAGCCAACAGCAGGCUCUUCUUGGGACGUGGCAAACAGACGAUCACCGGAAAGACGAUGGUCACGCCACUCAUGACGCAAGAUGGCUUCUACGCCGUGCAACUUCACACCAUCUCGAUCCCGGGUGAGUUCAACAUCUUGCUUACUAGGUCCAAGUUGAAAGCCGGCAACAUCAUCUUUGACUCCGGCACUGUCAUGACCUUACUGGACAGUCAAGUGUUGAACCAGUUAGUUAGGGAACUGACGGAUUAUGUUAGCUUGCCAAUUGUGAAGACGAGCGAUUACAGGUUGUGCUUCAAUGUGUCCUCGACAGAGCAAGAGGAGCAGCUGCCGGGGGUGUUGUUCUCAUUUGAUGGGACAUUGGGAAACAUCAAGAUGAGCCCUUAUAACUUGUUUAGGUGGUAUAGACCUGAUGUGAAAUGCAUGGGGAUACUGGGAACUAGUGGUAUACAGAUCUUUGGGAAUAUUAUGCAGGAAGAUCUUUUGGUUGGAUAUGAUCUAGAUAACAUGGAAUUGACCAUUACAGAGAAAAAGUGCACUGAGUUAUACAAUCCCUAA